AUGCCCAUUCAGACAGACAGACAGACAGAGAAGAGGGACACUGACGAGAACAGGCAACACGGCUACGGACAGCAGCCGUACCAGCAGCCGCCGUACGGGCAGCCCUCGCACUCGCCGCAGCCUCACGCUCCCCCGCCAGGCGGCUACGGCCAGGCACCGCCGUCCCCCCAGCCGCAGUACAGAUACCAAGACCACGGACAGCAGCAGCAGCAGCAGCAGCAUCACGGUUACGGCCAUGGACCGCCUCCCAACAGCGGGCAGAUGCAGAACGGACGUCCCAACUACCAGAAUACGUAUGGCCAGGGCCCCCCGCCGCCGCCCAACAACCCCGUCUCCUUCGGCCAUGGAGCCCCCCAGGGAUACAACUUCCAGUACUCCAACUGCACCGGCAAGCGCAAGGCCCUGCUGAUCGGAAUCAACUACUUCAACCAGCGCGGACAGCUGCGGGGAUGCAUCAACGACGUCAAGAACAUGUCCAACUACCUGAACCAGAGCUACGGCUACGCUAGACAGGACAUGGUCAUCCUCACAGACGACCAGCAGAACCCCAUGAGCCAGCCCACAAAGGCCAAUAUCCUGCGUGCCAUGCAUUGGCUCGUCAAGGACGCCAGAGCUAAUGACUCCCUCUUCUUCCACUAUUCAGGCCAUGGUGGUCAGACGGCAGACUUGGACGGAGAUGAAGAGGACGGCAACGACGAGGUCAUUUACCCCGUAGACUUCAGAUCCGCCGGCCACAUCGUCGACGACGAGAUGCACCGCAUCAUGGUCCAGCCUCUCGUUCCUGGUGUUCGUUUGACCGCCAUCUUCGACUCCUGCCACUCUGGCUCCGCCCUUGACCUCCCAUUCAUCUACUCGACGCAAGGAGUGCUCAAGGAGCCCAAUCUCGCCAAGGAAGCCGGCCAGGGCUUGCUGGGCGUCGUAUCUGCCUAUGCUCGCGGCGAUAUGGGCGGCAUGAUGAGCGGCGCCGUCGACCUCUUCAAGAAGGCCACCCGCGGCGACGAGAGCUUCAAGAAGGCCCGCCAGACCCGUACCAGUCCCGCAGACGUCAUCAUGUGGUCAGGCAGCAAGGACGUGCAGACCAGCGCAGACGCUACUAUCGGCGGUCAAGCCACAGGCGCCAUGUCCUGGGCCUUUAUCACCGCCCUCAAAAAGAACCCCCAGCAGAGCUACGUCCAGCUGCUCAACAGCAUCCGCGAUGAGCUAGCUUCCAAGUACUCUCAGAAACCGCAGUUGAGCUGCAGUCACCCUCUUGGUCAGUAG